AGAUAAGCGUCCAGCUACAACUUUGUGGCUACCCAGCAAGAAAUCAGGCAGGCAAAUAUGACGUCGUGCUCUGUGUAUUAGCCUGACGACGGCGGUUUUCCUCGGUUUAAAACUGUGUAUCCACGCCGCUUGUAUGUGUUCGUAGUUUUUUCAGAAAAAUUAAAUUUCCUCAAUGUUCUAAAUUUAAUCUACAUCAUUGUUAUGUAAUGUUUAAAUUACACAUGUUAUGUUUCGAAAGUUUACCUGUUAGGAAUUUGUCUGAAGACUGUUGUUAGAGUGUGUUUGAAGUGUUUUUUUAUUAACCUACAAGAUAAAACUAUUUCCAUAAAAUAAAAUGCACCAUUUGUAUCCUUUAGCAAAAGGUGACCCCCUUUGUCCACUGGGCUUCCACCCUCAAGUCAGAUGGCCGACUAGAUGUAAAAGAUGUUUUAGGGAUUACAAAGAACAUGGGGGAAAGAAAAGAGACAGCGAUUCAAAUUUAUACAAAGAUGCAUCCACUGUUUCCACACCCAGUUUAUCAUGGAGUACUAGGGAUGGUGAGAGCAAAAGUAGAAACUGGAUGUCAAGUACUAAUUUGUCAGAAACAAAUGAAAAUAAUUAUAGUGAAAGUAAUGAUUUUAAUUCUCCAUCAUCUUGGAUAUCUACUCCUGACUUAGCUAAUAUGAAAGAUGAUGCACAACCACUUACUACUACUGUUAGUAUAUCUUUACCGAAAAGAAGAAUAAAACCAAUAGAUACUGGGCAACGAACAGUUUCAGAUAGCUAUUCAUUACAAAAAGAAAAAAUAUCAACAACAUUCAACAGAAGUGACAGCUUAGCAACUCGAGCGAAUAAACUUAGAGCAAUAAAGGAAUCUUCUCCAAGUCCGCCAAAAGGAAAUAGAAUCCAAAUAAAAGAAGUUAAAACGAUCUCGGAGGAGCCUACAAACCACGAUGUACAAUUUCUUAUUCAAGUAAAAGCCAAGACUAAUAGAGAUUCAUCACAAGACUCUUCAGAUAAUGACGAUACAGUGAGUUUGGCGGGUACCGAAACUACGGACACAACGCUGGUCGACACACAAGAAAAUGAAUUGAAGGAACAACUUGAAAGCAUAAAAAAAGAAUUGGAAACAACCAAAGCAAAAUGCGAUAGGCUGGAAAGAGAAAAAAGUGAUAUUUUACUAAGAAGACUUGCCGCCAUGGAAUCUACAACUAGCAAAACUAGUGCUUCUGAAGUACUGAAACUACAACAGAAGUGUAACGAACUACAACAACAGCUAGAAGACUAUAGAGAUGAAAAGAGAAGUUUAAGUUUGAAAGUGAAAGAAUUAGAGAGUGAUCUAGAAAAUAGACCUACUGUACAAGAGGCACAACGAAUAGCAGAUGAUUUGCGAUCGAAGCUUUUGGCUGCCGAAACGUUAUGUGAAGAAUUAAUGGACGAAAAUGAAGACAUUAAAAAAGAGCUUAGAGAUAUGGAAGAACAAAUGGAUGAAUUACAAGAUAACUUUAGGGAAGACCAAGCAGUAGAAUAUACUUCUAUAAAAAAAGAUUUAGACCAAACAACAAAAAAUUGUCGAAUACUGUCUUUUAAAUUAAGAAAAGCCGAAAGAAAAGCUGCACAAUUAGAAAUCGAAAAGGCCGAGUUAGAAAAGAAAAUGAAAGAUAUAACAGGAAGCGGAACAACAUUAUCCCAGAUAGAAAAAAUAAAAGAACUAGAACAGGAAAUAAAAGUAUCUAACGAAGUUUCUGUUCGAUUGCAAAAGGAAUUAGAUGAAGCGAAAUCGAAAAUAAGUAAAGUCGAAGAUACAAAGGGACCAACUAAAAAAAAAGCUCCUACAUUAGCAAGUAUAGGCAAAAAUCCUUCAACAGAUGGAAAAGUAUCACGAGAAUCUCUUACAAGAGGAGGAUCGCAGGAUGAUCCUGUUCAGCUCCUAAGAGAUCUUCAGGAUUCAUUAGAGAGAGAAGCAGACUUGAGGGAACAACUUAAAUUCGCCGAAGAAGAGGCACAAAAUUUACGUAAGAAAGUUUCCAGAAUAGAAGAUGAUAAUGAAUCCUUGGUCUUACAACUGAAAAAAAUGGCCAACAGAGCCAGAACUCGAAAAUUGAGCCCUACAAAUCAAAAGUUGUCGCUAGAACCAACAGAAAAAUCAGAUAUUUCGGAAGAUGAUGAUCCAGCAGAAAUAAAAUUGCAAUUAGAAUUAAGUGAGCAAGAAGCUUCAGUUCUUCGACAUAAAGUUGAAGAAUUAGAAGGAGAUAACCAUAAAUUGAAAUCCAAAAUAAAAGAAUUACAAGAGCAAGCUUCCACUAAAACUUCGAGCAAACGUACUCUAUUGAAUAGUGAGAAAAUUAAAGAAAACUCGCUACUAAAUCAAAAACUUAAGGUUUUAGAAGAUGAAACAAAUGAUAUACGGAAAAAACUUAUAGAAAAAGAAAGAGACUGUGAAAGACUCCAUGCAGAACUCAGCCUUACUCAAAAAAGAUCAAAAGGCAUGCAAAAAAGCAAAUCUUUGGAUCUUGAUCAACAAACUUUGGAUCUUCGUAGGCAACUCCAAGUGAUCGAGCAGGAAGCAUCGGUAUUAAGAAAUAAAGUACAAAGUUUAGAAGUUGAAAAUGAAAAACUUGGUAACGAAAAUAAAAAACUGGCAUUAAAAACAGCCAAAGGCACUAAAGGAGACAAAAAUUUGGACAAAUAUAUAGAUCAAAUAGCAUCAUUAGAAAUUGAGAUGUCUGAGAAAAAUGAAAAAAUUAAGAAUCUUGAAGAACUUCUUAAUAUAACAGAGAAAAAUGAUAAUGUUAUAUUAUCUAAGGGCGAUUUUAAGAAAUUCAGUCAAAGGACCCCAAAAAAAAUUUCAGCACUAACUUCUAAAGACCAAAUGAGGACAAUGAUUAGUGAUUUAGAAAAAGAAAUAGGAGAAAUUCUCCAGGUUCUGAAAACUAAUGAAAAUGAAAAAAUAAAACUUGAGGAGGAAGCCAAUUCAAAAGUAAAAAAAGUCACUUAUGAACUGGAAGAAACAAAAAAGAAAAUAAAUAAUUUAAUUGAAGAACUUGAGGAUGAAAAAUUAAAAUCUAGUACAGCUGUCACAGAAAAGGAAGCGCUUAGUAUAACAAUAAACAAACUUAAAGAAUCUUUAGAUAAAUAUUCAACAGAAAAAUCUUCCUUACAGACUGAACUAGAUAAAUUAGUCAAAGACAAAACGAAACUAAGCAACGAUAAGAAGUCUCUAGGGGAAGAAAUUUCAAAAUUACAAGCUAAUCUCAAAUCUUCAGCAACGAAGCAAAAUGAUUUAAAUACUUUAACACAGAAAGCGAAUUCACUUGAGCAAACAUUGGAAGGAAAAGAAAAAGAAAUUAAAAAACUGAAAGAAGAUUAUAAUAAAAUAACUAAUGAGAUUGAAAAAGAACGGCUUAAACUGCAGUCGCUAGAGAAAGACCAAGCAAAAUGGGAAGAAGAGAAAAAGAAAUUGAACCGAAAAAUAGAAACAUUAACAACGAAAAUAAAUGCAUUAGAAAGUACUAUUCAACAAAAAGAUAAAUUGGUGAAACAACUGGAAACGAAUUUAGAAGCUGAAAAGGAGCUUGUAUCAAAAACUAACAAGAAAGUAGGUGAAUUAGAAAGUGCAGAAAUUGCUAAAUUAAAAGAAGAAUUAGACAGAGUAAAUAAAUCCUAUAAAUCUGUAGAAGAAAAAUUAUCUAAAGCUCAGCUCGAAAAUAAAAAUGGCAAAUUGGAAAACGAAAAGAAAAUAAAAGAAAUGGAAAUUGAUUUACAGAAUGAAAGGAAAAAGCUAGAUGUACUGAAAGCCAACAACGAAAAAGAACAAAAAAAUAAAGAAUUGGAAUUGACAACAUUAAAAGAAAAGAUUAAAAAGUUGGAACAAAACAAAUCUGGAUCACCAGAAACCAAAACAUUACAAAAAACUAUUUCUGAAUUAGAAGCUACAAUUACGAAAGAAAUAAGAAAAUAUGACGAAUUAACAGCUAAAUAUGAAAUAUUAGAGGAAGAGCAUGUGAUUACCAAAGCUAAAUUGGUCAUGGAAAAAGAAACUAUAGAAUCACAAUAUAAAAAUCUCAAACGUGAGACAGAACAGCUAGAAUCAGAAUUAAAAACUCUAAGAGACACAUAUAACUUUAAAAACGAUACUUGGAUCAAAGAGAAACUAGAACUGGAGUCAAAAUUAAAAUCAAGACCAAAUUCUAUUGGUAGUGACUCGGAUAGACAAAGACUGAAAGCGUUGCUCGAAGAAAAACAAUCAGAGUAUGACCAACUUAAAAAGGAGUAUGAUGCUAUUCAUGGCCAAAUGGACUUCAUGAGAAAAGAAAGCGACGAUCUUAAGAAAAAAUUAGACGAUUAUGACAAAGUUAAUAAAAUACAAAGAAAUAUUAAUGCAGAUAGUAGUGCUAUGGAAAAGGAAAUUAAACAGCUAAGGAUAAGGCUAAAUAAUCUCGAGAAAAGUAAGAAAUCUGACUUAGCGGAACUAAAAAUGAGAUAUGAAAGUCAAAUGAACGUGGUAAAUGGAGAAUUACAGUCCUUACAAAAUCAAUUGAGUAGAUUUAAAAGAGAGAAAGAUACGUACAAACAUAUGUUAGAAAUGGCUCAAAAAACCAUUGGAGAUUUGAAACAGUCACCAAAAUUACCCAGAACAGAGCCUAAAACUAUUCAUUACGAUGAGUUAGAAGAAUCCAAGUUAAAAGUGGCAACAUUGGAACAGCAAAUAAGUUGUAUGGAAGAUGAGCUAUCAGAAGCUAGACUAGAGGCUUCAAGAUUGAAAACGGAGUUAGUUUCAGAGCGUUCAUCAUUUGAAGUUAGAUUAUCAGAGAUGCAUUCCAAAAUAAAUGAGUUAGAAGAAGAGAAAGUACUGAAUAGUGGUAGGACAAAAGUGGUAGGUAUAAGAACAAGAAUGGAAUUGGCAUGGCAAAAAGAAAGAGAAGAACAGCAAAGACUGCUACAAGAAACGGCUACAUUAGCCAGAGAUUUAAGACAAACUCUUUUCGAAGUUGAACGAGAAAGAGACAAAGAGAGAUUAGAAGCUAAACGUAAGUUAGAUCAGUUAAAGAAAGCUUCGGAGGAAGAUCAAGAUGAAAAUAAGAAAAAAGUCACAGAACUGCAAUGCGAUCUUUUAGAAUUGAGAGAUGCUCAUGCGAAAUUACGAACAACUAAUGAGAAGUUGAGAAGAGAAAGAGAAAAAUAUGACAAAGAGCGAGAAGAAUAUCGAUCAAUUAUGAAUGGUAAGAAAAAACUUGAUCAACAAGGUGACGACAGGAAAAUAAAUACUUUAAUUGAGCAAAUGGAUACAUUGAAACAAUUAGCUCCAGAACUGUUUUUUUCUAAAGAAAAUGAAGCUCCUUAUACUCCAACUCCUCCAAGGAGAACAAAAUCUAAAUCUAGAGAGACUUCUCCUGCUCUGGAGAGGAGGGAAACUUCUAUGGGACCAGAAGAGAAACAGCAACAAAUUCAAUAUAUCAUGCAAAGACUUGUACACACAACUGAAGACCUAAGAAGAUUUCAACGAUUUUCAGAAGACGAUGCUGAAAGGGAACGUAUUAGAAGAACAAUGGGUGUGAGAAGAGCUACUUCCACAGAACAUGACAAUGUUGUCUUAAGACAUAAACCUGACCUAAGAAGAAGCUCUGGACUUUCACAAGGAAAUUUAAAACGUAAAAGUAUCUCAUUAGAACAUACUAUUCAGACAGAACAAAAUAUAUGGACCAAUGAUAAUAGUUUGUCUAGUCUAAAUUCAUUGGAUCUUCAUUCAGACGUUGAAUCUGGAAGAACAAGAAGGGAUGCAAGUUUGGAUAGUAGGUUAUCAACUGGUUCUACGCAAAGUGAUUCAGGGGAAAAGAAGAAGAAGAAAAGUUUGAUAGGCAAACUUAAAAAAUUAACCAAAUCAAGAAGUAUAGAUGAUAAAGAUCCAGACACUUUUCCACCGAUGAGACCGUUAUCGUCCAAGACAAAUUCGGGAGAGAGCAUGGAGGACACUAAAGGAAGUAAAAAAGACUUAAAAGAAAGAAUUACGGGCAUAUUUAAAAAAGCAGGCUCUACAUCAAGGAGUAACAGUGUUGAAAGAGGAAUCGAAAAAAAACAUGAGACUAGUUCUACACAAAGACCUUUAGUGAGGAAUGGCAGUAAUGGUCAUUUAACAACAUCCAGUGAUACUGAAAGCUCAAAAUCUAAAUCAAGAAGAAGCUGAUACUAAGGAACUUAUGAAACUAAGGAAAUUAAAAAACUAAUACAUGUUCUGUAAAGAAAGAUAUUUUAUUGGUUUCUAAUAGAAUUGGUUCAUGUUUAUAUACAAAAAGAUUUAUAAACAGAAUAGCGUAAGAAAUAAUUUAUUAUACAUAUAUAUAAUAAAAGAUACGUCGUAGUCUGGAA